GCACUGAUGGACAGCACUGAUGGGUGGCACUGACUGGUGGCACUGAUGGGCACUGACUUUCGGCACUGCUGGGUAGCACUGGGGCGUACUGACAACUCAUGGGGCCCCCGGGCAAUAGGGGAUCAUGGGGCCCCUGUGUCCUUGCCCAAACUCAAAAAAGCCUAUGAAAAAGGUACCAGGGGCAUCUCAUGGGGCCCCCUACUGACCCCAGGACCUCAGGCAGUGCCCGAGUUUCAAAAUGGUUAGUCCACCCCUGAUCAUACGUA